GCUCAGCCAAAUCACCGGCCUGCCUCGGUGUUGCAGAGUGUGUUAAGUCAGCUUGCACUCUUCUGCAUGUGUGUGUCUGUGGUGUGUGAGUGUAUGUGUGUGCAAGUGUGUUUGUGUGUAAGAGAGAGAAAGACAGAGGGAGAGAGAGCGUGUAGGUGAAAGGAACCACAAGAGCAAGCAAGCACGUGGGUGCACACUUCUAUAAGAGAUAGAUAGAGAGAGGAAAGAAGAGCUGCAAAAAAAAAAAAAAACUAAAGACAAAAAAGCAGCACACAGCAAAGAAAAGAGAAAAUAGAGCUAGAGACCUAGAGAAAGAGCACAAUGGAUGACUAUGCCCUGUCCUUCUGGAUUUACAUGGGAGUGAUGUCUGUGUUCGUCGGAGGCACACUGAAGAAGUUCCUGGCAUCCCACGCCAGUGCUGUGCCCUCGCUCGUGGCAUGGCUGGGAGCCAUGCUGCUGGUAGAGAGGCUGUGUGCUAUGUGCAUGCCCGCUGUGCUGACACUUGCCGUCUUCUGUGCCACCUGUUGGCUCUACUCACUGUGGGCUGCCCCACCACCGGUCCUGCCUGUCGAAGGCAAAGCAGUUUUCAUCACAGGGUGUGACUCAGGAUUUGGGCACGCCACAGCAAGGCGUCUGGACGCAAUGGGGUUCCAAGUGUUCGCCACAGUAUUGGACGCAGAUGGUGAGGGGGCGAAGCAGUUGAGGAGUAACUGCUCACCUCGCUUGACCUUGCUUCAGGUGGACAUCACUCAGCCACAGCAGGUUCAACAGGCUCUGCUCAACACCAAGGCCAAGCUGGGCAUGAAAGGACUGUGGGCUCUUGUGAACAACGCAGGAGUGUGCGUGAACUUUGGAGAUGCCGAGCUCUCUCUCAUGUCAAACUACAGAGGUUGCAUGGAGGUGAAUUUCUUCGGAACUCUCUGCAUCACCAAGGCCUUUCUUCCUUUGCUGAGACAAAACAAAGGCCGAAUAGUGACCAUCUCUAGUCCAUCAGGUGAACAGCCCUUCCCUUGUCUGGCGUCCUACGGAGCCUCAAAGGCAGCACUCAACCUCUUCAUGAACACGCUCCGCCAUGAGUUGGAUCCUUGGGGUGUCAAAGUGUCCACUAUAUUACCCUCUGCCUUUAAAACAGGGCAAAGUAGUAACACAGAGUACUGGGAGAAACAGUACCAGCACCUCCUUCAGAACCUGUCACCAAGCCUUUUAGAAGAAUAUGGCGAAGAUUACAUGAUGGAGACCAAGGACCUCUUCCAGAGUUUUGCCAAAUCAGCAAAUGAGGACCUAAGCCCUGUCGUUAACACAAUUGUGAAGGCACUGCUCUCGCCACAGCCUCAGGUAUGCUACUAUGCGGGGCCUGGAGUUGGCCUAAUGUACUUUAUAUACAGCUACUUCCCCCUGAGCCUCAGUGACAAGUUCCUGCAAAAACUUUUCCUAAAGAAGAAGUUGAUGCCGCGUGCACUCAGGAAACAGAAUGAGCUGAACCUCAUCAAGUACAACAACAACGACAUCAUCAGCAACAACAACAUCACCCAGAUUGAGUAAAUCUGUUGUAGUUCCAUGUAAAUACAAAAAGCUAGAGGACCACUGAUGCAGUCAAUUCGUAGUGACCUAAUGCCAAUAUGUGAAUUGGUUUUUGUGUUGUUUUAAAUAAUGUAUAAAGUAUUGUUUAUUUUUUAUUUUUUCAUUUUGAAGGGAUUGUUCAAUGGGUUUUGCUUUCUAAAUAAAAAUUCAACACAUUUUUGUCAUAUAAAAAUCAAUAUCAGAUGAUCCAUUCCCCCUAAACUACUUUGGUAAUAGUGAAUUUUACUAUGUGAUAACACAAGAUGUAUAUUACCCAUACACCUUCCAAUUUUCAAUACUUGCCUUGGUUACUCCACAGAUCAUAGUCUUUGCUCUGCUUACAAAAGACUUUCAGAUGACUUUGAAUAUCAGCAGUGUGCUUCUCUAAAACAUAUUCAUAACCUCAGGUUCAUAAGGCUCAGACCAUUGCUGCUACUAAGUGCAAAAUCUAUUUAUGGGUUUAUUUCCGAUCAUCAGACACAUUCAUCUACUUCAUGUACUCUUGGAGCAAGCUUAAAAAUCAUUUCCAGCCUACUUACCCACCUUCAAACAAGAUAAAGUUCUCCUAAAGUCACAAUGUUUUAAUCUCCUGUACAUACAGUAAUUCAAUUUUUGUUAAGCAGAUCAAGCAGAACUUGCAUUAUUUUCCUGUUCUUUUGUUUUUUUUAUUUUCCAUGCCACCAUUAUACCCACAAAUUAAAAUAUUUAUUAUUUUUUCUUUAUGAAUCACUUAAAACUGUGAAUUUUUAUACGAAACAAUUAAAACAAAGAAAAAAGAAAGAAGUGCAAAUUGUCAACUUGUUAAUUUUUCAAUUAUAAUAAACUGACUUUUUGAAUAAAACCA